AUCACAACGAGAAAGAUAGAUUCAUCUUUCAAUCUUUUUUUAUCUUAAAACAAAACUUUGUGUGAAGAGAAAGAUGGAGAUAGAAUCAAAGUUCAAGAGAAUAUGUGUGUUUUGUGGAAGUAGUGCUGGUAAUAAAGUCAGUUACAAAGAUGCUGCUAUCGAACUCGGAACCGAACUGGUAUCGAGAAAUAUCGAUCUUGUCUAUGGUGGAGGGAGCAUUGGUUUAAUGGGUUUGAUUUCUCAAGCUGUUUUCAAUGGAGGUCGCCAUGUCAUUGGGGUUAUCCCCAAGACACUAAUGCCAAGAGAGAUAACAGGAGAGACAGUGGGAGAAGUGAAGGCAGUAGCAGACAUGCACCAAAGGAAAGCUGAAAUGGCUAAGCACUCUGAUGCUUUUAUCGCUUUACCUGGUGGGUAUGGGACACUUGAAGAGCUUCUUGAAGUUAUCACUUGGGCACAGCUAGGCAUCCAUGAUAAACCAGUAAUCAUUUUGCUUCCAUUUCUAUUUAUAUAUAUUACAUUAUACAUUCCUAAUAACUUGAAGUAAUCUUAGACUAAACUAGGUAAUUAACAAGGAAAAAUAACUAUUGCCAUCAAAUAGUGAAAGAAAAUCUCCUAAAGAGAAUACAUUAUUUUUUAGGUAACACGUUAUUUUAGUUCUAUUUUAUGGACAUCUUUUUUUCACAUACGUCCUAACCAAAGUAAACUCUAAAACUCUAAUUUUCUUUUAGUAAAUUAGACGUUCACAUUAGAAAUAAUCUAUAACGAACGAUUAAUCGAUCGUGACGAAAAUCGUAAAUGAUUGAUAAAUUCGUCAAAUGAAAAUUUAAGUCAUUACUAGUUUCUUAAAUGCCAUGUUAUUAGUUUUUUUUUUACCAAUAAUAAUUCUUAAUGUUAUGAAUGUGAAGGUGGGACUGUUGAAUGUGGAAGGAUACUACAAUUCAUUGUUAUCAUUCAUAGACAAAGCAGUGGAAGAAGGUUUCAUUUCACCAACUGCUCGUCAUAUCAUUGUAUCUGCUCCUUCUGCUAAAGAACUUGUCAAGAAACUUGAGGAUUAUGUACCAAGGCAUGAGAAGGUAGCCUCAAAGAAAAGCUGGGAGAUGGAGCAAAUAGGGCUAAGUCCCACUUGUGAAAUCUCAAGAUGAAAAAGGACUAAUUAAUUUCCUUAAUUAGGACAACCCAAUUGAAUGAUCUCUCCAAAUUGGGACCCUCUUUAUUGAUUGUAAAACUUAGUCCAAGCAAACCGGGGAAAAAACAGAUUGACUUUCUUCUUUUUGUGUAGUUGAUUCUGUUGUUUAAUGUAUUUUUUUUAGAUUUUUAUUCGGGAAAAAAAAAGAAAAGACAGAAAAUAUGUUGGUUUUUUUAGUUUGGAUUUUGUAAUAUGUCCCCCAACAAACAACUCAAUUUUAUAGUUUUUCUUUCUUUCUUUCUUUCUUUCUUUGUUGAAUUCUUGUUCUCUAGAGUUCCUUUUUGUUGUGAUUAUAGUAAAUUGAGUUUUGAUC